AUGUGUGUAGGUGGAAAUGUUACUGGUAGCGAGGAGCCUCGAGAAUUUCUUUCCCUCUUCGAGGAAGAGAUUCUUUUGACUUUUGCUGAGGACGGCGCGUCGCCGAGAUCCGACGUCUGCGUCAACGAGAGCGACGGCGAGAGCAGCGACGGUGACUCUACCGUCGUCCCUAAGGAUCCUCUCAAGAUUACUAAUCACUCGGGGAUUAUGUACCAGGUGCCUCAGAGCGUCAUUUAUUCGCCCAGUCCAGGGGUCUUGCUCGGCAUAGGACAAAACGGGCAACCGGUGCAAAUAUCUCAAGACGGAGGUACGGUAGCACCGGUGGCGAACUCAUCGCAAUCGAACCAGCCGUUCAUCACAAUACCGCUGAACGUCGCGAUGAGCGCGGGAUUGUCCUUACCGGUGACCUCCAGGAUGUCCUCCAGGUCGCCCACGACGACGACUUCGACGACAAUGGCGGUAGCGGCGAUGUCCGGCUGCAGCGACUUGCCUUCCGACCUGAGCAAAGAUCGGGAAUGA